GCCUGGGUCAUUAUAGUUGAACAUCCAACACCGCCCGCCCGUCUCGCCUUCUCCCUCUCCAACAACAUACUGCACAUCCGCCCCGGCGGCUCCUCCGACCAAAUGCACCACCACUCGCCAUCCUCCGCAGCCUCCUCACGCCGCCGCCAGCGCGCCGAUUCUCGUGCAUAGAACCUCGUUUUUUUGUUUUGUCCCCUUUGUCGGAGCGCCUGCUGCUCCCGGUCAACAGGCGCCAGCCGGGUUCACAGCAGUGAUCCGCCGCCACGAUGGCAUCACCCUUGGGCUCUCGCUCCACCCGAUCUGCCGCACAGUUGCCGACCGACGCACAGCGAUCGAAUGCUGCUCCUGCAAAUUCUCCCCAGCGACGAAGUAGUUGGCGGUCUUUUGUCCCACAGUUACGCCAACAAGCGUCGUCUUCGUCCUCCCGAAACCCGUCCUCGCUUCGCGGCGCUUCUGCCGCCACCGCCCCCUCGUCCUCCUCCUUCUCCUCCUCUUCUGCACGCGCGCAACGAGGCACGGGCGGCGUAGGCGUUGCUUGGCCGCCCUCGGUCACCACGCUUUUGAACCAGAAUCGGCGUCAGAGAACCCCCGAGACACCUGUGAAUCGCACCCUCGCCUACACGUGGGGCAGUGAUAACCUGGACGACGCCUCUCCGGCGAUGCCGCCCAUCUACGGCGGCGACACCACCGAAGACGGCCAAUAUCUCAGCGCCCUUGCCGACGCCGAAUUCUCCUCGCCCUCGGGCUACCCUUCCUUCGUGAAUCCACCGACUGGCGAAGAUCCCCACGCGCGCCAGGCUCCCGGCCAGCCUCACCAGGCCGCCGCCACAUACCCCAGCUCCGCCGCCCCUCCCCGCCGCACUUCCGCCUGCGGCCGUGCCGUGCCCGCCGCCCCUUCACGAUCCACGACCCAACUCACCACGUCAAGCGUGUGCGAGUCUCAAAACACCCUCUUCACCAACGACCCCGGCGACGAGUUGCUCACGUCCCAGAGCACCCAGAGCUCCUUCGCCGACAUGCCCACGUCGGCCAACCUUCGGGGCAUCCUCAACGAGGGCCCCGACCACGCUCGUGCUUCGAAGCGCCGUCGAGUCACCGGUGCGGCUGCCGACAACUCUGCGGAUGUGGACCAUCUGGUUUUGCCAGUACCGUCCGACGACGACGAUCUCUUUGGAGAGAACGAAAAUCCACCCCCCGACGGCGACGAUCUCGCGACGAUCGACCUGACCGAGGCCAACGAGGUGCCCGAGGACUUGAAGAAGCCAGAAUUGGACAACCGCAUCAAGCUGUCGGCCUUUCAGUGCGUCAUUUGCAUGGACGAUGUCACCACCCUAACUGUCACGCAUUGCGGUCAGCAUUCCCCUCCCCUUCUCACCGCGGACCGCCGGCCCGCUAACUCGUGUCGUCAAAAAGGCCACUUGUUUUGCCAGCAAUGCCUGCACUCCUCGCUCCACGUGGACACCACGCGCGGCAAGUGUCCCAUGUGCCGGGCGAAAAUUGACAUGAAGCCCCGGCCCACGUACAGCUCCAAGACGAAGGGCUUCUGGCCGCUGGAGCUGAAGCUCAUGACGAAGACGAAGCAGGGCAAGCGCAAGGUCGGUGAGAUGACCUGAUUCACGCAGCGGAAGAAGACUACGCGCUUGAAUGUGGAGGUGCUUCGAGGUGACGAGAAGGGGAACGGGAGGGGGAAGCUGAGUGUUGAAACUGUAGAGUGGGUGGACUGGACGGGUGCAUCAUAGCGGCGGGCGUUCUCUUCCUCUUGAUUCAUGCAUGGCAUGGGACGCAUAUAGAUGCGGCGUUUACAAACUCUGCGGACCGCUUGUAACAAACACUUGAAGGUCUUAUUCCAAGGCCAGAAAAGAGUCUAUACCACG